UCGAUGUUAAGUCGCCGUGCCGCCUCAUUCAUGUUUUUACUUCCUAACCGUGAUACCGCGUUACACAUGUAAAUCAGUGGUCAUCUGUCAACGGUUAAAACGCAUCUCACGAACAAUGAAGAGUUUCUUAAUUUUUGGAAUGUUUUUUCUGGGUGCAUUUGCUGUUGAUGUGCCAGAACAGAUUCACAUUAGUUUUGGCGACCGAUCGGAUGUCAUAGUGGUCAUGUGGUCGUGCAAAUCACACGUCACAUGCCACGUGGUCUUCGGUUCUUCAGCCUCUCACAUGAUUAACCAUUCCAACAGUGAAAUAUCCACAUUAAAUUUAGACAAUUGGAAUGCAUUGAAAAUACUUCACAGAGCUGAGCUUUGGGGACUUUCCCCUGGCAGACGAUACUUCUAUCAGGUACAUUGUUCCCAGGAUGGUGAGAGGACAAACAGUUCCGUCUUCUCUUUCAAGACUCCGGGUGGCGAAACGAAAAGGGAGGCUAAAUUUCUCUUGUAUGGCGACCUUGGAGCGGUGGGUGGUAUCCCGACAUUCCCUGCUCUGCUGGAUGAUAUAACAAGGACUUCUUAUGACGCAAUAUGGCAUAUUGGUGACUUUGGAUACAAUCUACAUUCUAACGGCGGGAAGGUAGGGGACGACUUUAUGCGUCAGUUACAAGAUAUAGCAGCGAGAAUUCCUUACAUGACAGCUCCUGGCAAUCAUGAAUUGGAGAAGGACAUGCACCAUUACCGAGUCCGGUUCUCUAUGCCGCACGCUGAUUGGCCGAUGCGUUAUGACAGACUCUGGUACAGUGUUGACGCAGGACCUGUCCAUUUUAUUAGCUAUUCAACAGAAGUCUUUUUUGUUGACAAUCAAGAUUAUGUAUGUAAGCAGUAUAACUGGUUAUUAGAGGACUUGAAGAAGGCCAACCAGAAUCGCCAUAACCGACCCUGGAUUAUUGCUAUGGGGCAUCGCCCAAUGUAUUGCUCUAACAAAAACAUCGAUGACUGUACCGGGCGAGUCCUAGGUUACUGGGUCAAAUAUGGACUAGAAGAUCUAUUUUACGCCCAAGGUGUGGAUUUUGUCUUACAAGCACACGAACACUCGUACGAGCGUCUUUGGCCGGUGUAUGAUUAUCAGGUGACAUCCAAGAGUUAUGAAGACCCAGAAGCACCCGUUCACGUGAUCUCAGGGGCUGCUGGGUGUGGGGAGAAUGUGGACUACAUGGGAGAACCUAAGCCUUGGUCUGCCUUUAGAGCUGACACGAGGAGUAGCCAUUCCUACGGACGAUUAAUAGUGGUCAACGAGACCCAUCUCCUGUUUGAGCAAGUAUCUGUCAACCUUAAUACAACCAUUGACAAAUUUUGGUUGACCCAGCACCAUCACGGUCCUAGGAUUAAGAACUGGGAGUGUAACGAGGGUUACAGCAAUCACCAUACCUGUAACUGUCCCCUGCCUUUUCAUUACGUCACUGUAGCCAUAUUUGCUGGAGUUUUCCUCAUCAUUAUUAUUGCCAUGAGUGUCUAUUUCUGUACCAAAUGUUGCCACUGUUGCCAAAUUAAAAGUUGUGCUGGCUCAAGUAAAUGCUGUAGGGGCUCAAAUAAAUGUUGUUACCAUACAAAGGGCUUUCCAUUGUUUCGUCAGGAUAAAUUAAAAUCUAAUGAUUCAACCGGUAGGCUUAUGUUGUUAUCUGAAGAAGAAGACGAAGAUUUUAUUAUAUGAAUAUUGAUAUUGUUAAUGUUAGUAUUUGUUUUGUGUUUUAACACUGUUUUUUGACAAGCACUUUGUGAUAAUCAUUUGCUCACAGACAUUCACAUAAACAUUAAAUUGAUAUGAAUUGAAGCUUGUAUGUAUAGGGGUAUUGAGCUUGUUUGUGAUGAAAUUGUUAAUUAUUUUAUGCUGUCAUUUCUGUAUUUUAGAAAUCUUAUAGAAAUCCUUUAAAAAUUUUAUGUAGUGGGGUAUAUGGAAAAUGGUACACUUCCAGAGCAUGACACCCCCUCAAAGUACAUUUGAUGAAUUAAUCUGUAGCUGUUAUUCAUUUGACGGGUCUCAUAUGAAAUGUACAAAACUAGAUAAGGUUCAAAUACUGUAAAUGUCUUUAAUUUCACGUGUCUAAAAUUUCACGGUUUGAUGGAAAGUUACCUUUCACGGUGGUUUUAAUUUCACGGAGAAUCGUUUGUAAAUAUUCAGCUACUAUGACUGUUUUUAGGCAGAAAUGACGUGAAAUAAUAAUCACGAUGGUUUAAAGUUCGCGGAAAAUUCUUAAAUCGUGAAGAUAGUGAAAUUAAAAACACCGUAAUGUUUUCCACUUCUACAGUAUCCUUUUGUCUUUGGAAUAUUUGCACAGGUUUGUUUCUGUUCCCUGUAAGGUAUUGUAUCAUCUUCACUGCCAUUAGUAGCAACAGAAAUCAAUGACCUAUAUACUAACCCUGGUCCCUGAAGAAAUCUCUGCUUGAGAAAAUUCGAACAGUCUGUCCGUUUUUUUAAAAGAAAAGAGCUACAGUUCUGCAGCUAUGCUGUUAGAAUCUUGUGCUUAAUACUAAUAGCCUUAAUGUAGUAUGGUAUAUUGUACCAUAUUAUUGCCUUCAGGUUAUAGAAAUGAUGAAAUAUAAUAUUUGGUGCCUUUGAUGGUAUGGAAUGUCAAUUCUAUUUUUUUUUAAACCCAUUACUAGUAUAGAAUGUUCCACUUCUGCUUUUAGCCGGUUUUGAAAAAUUGGACUAUAUUUUUCUUUACCUUGGUUCAUAUGAAAUCAUUGGAAUAUUUUACUCUCAUUGCUCUUUGCAUUUAGAGAAUGUUAACUCUUUUCUUUUUUAGUUCAUAGUACUCAUAUUGAAUGAUUGUUAAAAUUGAAUAUAUUGUAUGAGUGUUUUAUAUUGCAUACAUAGUCCCAGCAUUAAUUUAGUUAAUAGGUGAUCUAGUAUUUUGUCACUAGUUUACUGCUUUUUUAAAAAAAAUGUUCAAUAUAAAUUGUACUUUGUUUUUUAAUUAAGAAAAUGUGAUUUAAGAAAACAAAUGCCAUAUUUUUUCCAGAAUGCCAAACUGUGAUGUACAAUGUAUAGUUAUGUAGCAACAACAGCCACCAUGGGCAAUUAAAUCUCUAAUGGAAAUAAUGUAUCCAUACCAAACAACGAAAAUGAAGGUUACAUACAUCGUGUUAGAAAGGGUUUUGUCUUCAUUAGCAGAAAAUUGUUCGCUAUGGCAGAAAAAAGUGUUAACGCGAAACGUGAGAGAGUAUAAUAUCCAGUCUUUAUUUACCUCGAGAAUAUAAUUAGAUAUUGACCUCUACUGACUGCACUUCAUAAAUAGUCUUGUUGUUCGUGAAUAGAGUUUAUUUUGAUAUACUAAUCUUUGUUAAGAUUCUGUCGAGAAUUUAUUUUGUUACUUUUAUAAUAAAACAAAUUGCCAAGACGUA